AUGGCAGCUCUUGCCCAAAAUCAGCAGCCCCUUCGAUGGUACAAGGCGUAUUGUGAGGCGCCAAAUGGAGACGGGCCGUUGGCAUUGGACAUGGGAAGCAUGGGGAAAGGUCAAGUGUGGAUCAAUGGACAAAGCAUAGGAAGAUAUUGGACGGCUGUAGCAAAUGGAAGCUGCGGAGUUUGCCACUACACCGGUCCAUACCGAUCCCCUAAAUGUCAAGCUGAUUGCGGCCAACCAACUCAACGAUGGUACCAUGUGCCUAGAUCAUGGUUACAGCCAAAGCAAAAUCUCGUCGUACUUGUGGAGGAACUCGGUGGAGAUCCAUCAAGAAUCUCUCUAGUUAAAAGGACAACAAGGAGUGUCUGUGUUGAUGCAGUGCAACGCCAUCCCAUGGUAGCGAAUUAUCAGGUCGAGAGCACGAGCACGAAAAGAAUGCUCCACCAGGCCAAGGUGCCUCUACAGUGCGCCCGUGGCCAAUCUAUAUCGACCAUAAAGUUUGCGAGCUACAGAACACCUACAGGAACAUGUGCGAGUUUUAGGGUGGGAAGUUGUUAA